AUGGGGCUGCUCACGAUCAUCCGGAAGAACCGCCAGAAGGAGAAGGAGAUGCGCAUCCUCUUUCUCGGUCUCGAUAAUGCAGGCAAGACGACCAUUCUGAAGAAACUCAAUGGCGAGGAUAUCAUGAGUAUCAGUCCCACUCUCGGGUUCAAUAUCAAGACGUUUGUACAUCGCAAGUACACUUUAAACAUAUGGGACGUCGGUGGACAGCGCAGUCUCCGACCUUACUGGCGGAAUUACUUCGAGCAGACUGAUGCGUUAGUCUGGGUCGUCGACUCUGGAGACAGGAUGCGUAUGAGAGACUGCAAAGAGGAGCUACACAGCCUAUUGCUCGAAGAACGACUGGCGGGCGCGUCGCUCCUCGUUUUCGCCAACAAGCAAGAUAUCCAGGGUUCCAUGUCGAGUGCGGAGAUCAGAGAUGCUCUUGAUCUGCUGUCUAUCAAGUCUUAUCAGUGGAAGAUCCUGCCAUGUAGUGCGGUUACGGGUGAAGGCCUGGUCGACGGUCUGAAUUGGGUUGUGGAUGAUGUCGCGGGCAGACUGUACUACUCUUCUGUAUCGGAGGAGAACAGCGCGUCCAGCAGCGCACCGGGCAUUGUCACUUCUACUCUACCAUCCAACCCACGAAAGAACCCUGCUUUCCGAGCGGUGCUGUGA